AUGAGAGAUGUGCCAACAACCCCAUUACGCGUUUCUAGGGAACCAAGCUUAAUCCCCUCACCAACAGGGAAAACUAAAUUAUUGAUACCAAGUAAUAUGCAACAGAAACGUCGUUAUACGAGCUCACCACCAUCAAAGAUUCAUUCAAGCUCCAGUUUUCAAUCAGAGAAGAGGAAUACAAUUCAUUCACGAGUUCCACAAAAUGAUCUGAGUAAUAGUAGUGCUAGUAAUAGUUCAGCCAAUUUAACAAAAUUUUAUAAAAGUAAUGUGCUGGAAUUAAAUGAACUACAGGAGACUUUAUACAGGAAAAAAUCCAUUCUUGAUGCUAGGAAUGAUGAAUUUGAAACUUAUAAAUUAGAACAACAAGAGGUUCAAAUUAAAUGGGAUAAAAUAGCGUCAGAAAAAAGAAGAAUUGAAAAUGAAUUAAAACUGAAACAAAAUGAACUCAAGAGAUGUGAAAACGAUAAUAUCGAAAAGAAGCAAAUCCUAGAGAGAGGACAUGCUUUGCAUUUAAAGGAGCUUGAGGCUAAGAAUCAAAGUGAAUUGAAUAAAUUACGAAAUGAAUAUGAUAUGAAAAUCGAAAAAUUGAAACAAGAUAGAAUUAAAGAAUUUGAGAAAAAAAGAUCAGAUCUUUUAAAUGAAGUAGAAGGAAAACGAAAUAAAAUAUUGAUGAAUGACUCUAUAUUAGCAGAUCUAAAACAGGAGCUAGACAAUAAAUAUUUAUACUUAAGAGAAGAAUGGUUAGAAAAAUAUCAACAGUCAUGGACAGAAGAAAUUGAAAAACGAACCAAAAUGACACAAGAUAUUGAAAUUUUUGAACACAACUUAAAUGACGAUAUAUACCCAAAAAUUGAUAUUUUGACUACCCGAUUAAAUGAUGCAAAAUCAAAAUACGCAGAACUUCAAAAGAUUUUGGAAGAGAGAAGUUUUGAGACCAAGGAUCUUGUUAGUAAGAUAACUGAAAAGAAUGAACAAAUAAAGCAAACUAAAGAUUCCUCUACGGAUUUGGUCAAAAAAAUUGAUGAUAUUAAGAAAAAGUUGGUUCUGGUAAAUAAUGAGUUAAUUAAAGAGGAGACAAUUAGAAGAACUCUUCACAAUAACUUACAAGAAUUAAGAGGUAAUAUCAGGGUUUAUUGUAGAAUAAGGCCUGUGCUCCCAAGAGAAACACAAAAUACCACUCAUCUCAAGGUCACACCAUUUGAUGAUACUAAUGGUACCCAGGAAAUUGACGUGACAAAGCGUAGUGUCCAUGCCAAUUCAACUACUCCUCAAACUUUCCAUUUCAAAUUUGAUAAAAUUUUUAAUACUAAGGAUAGCAAUAGUGAUGUAUUUGACGAAGUCGGACAAUUAGUCCAAAGUGCCCUAGAUGGUUAUAAUGUUUGUAUAUUUGCAUAUGGUCAAACAGGUUCUGGGAAGACAUAUACAAUGUUGAAUCCACAGGAUGGGAUAAUACCGUUGACAAUUGUCCAUAUAUUUGAUUGGACAGAGAAUCUGAAAGAAAGAGGUUGGAAAUAUACAAUUACGUGUCAAUUCAUCGAAAUCUAUAACGAAAAUAUCGUUGAUUUAUUGCGGAAUACUGAAUCUGGUGAAGACACAGAGCAAACUAAACAUGAUAUUAGGCACAAUAUGGAAACGCAGAGGACUACGAUAACAAAUAUUACAACGUGUGAGCUUGAUUGUGAGGCUACAGUUAACUCGGUACUUAAGAAAGCUAGUAAGUUGAGAAGUACAGCAAGUACGAAGUCAAAUGAACAUUCUUCCCGUUCUCAUAGCAUAUUUAUUGUUCAUUUGGCAGGUGAAAACUCAAAUACGGGUGAAAGGUCGGAAGGUACACUGAACUUGAUCGAUUUGGCAGGUUCCGAAAGAAUUAAUGUUGCACAUGUUGAUGGUGAAAGACUAAGAGAAACGCAACAUAUUAACAAGUCACUAAGUUGUCUUGGUGACGUGAUUCAUGCAUUAAAUGAUAGUUCUGUCAAUAAAAGACACAUUCCAUUUAGGAAUUCUAAAUUAACAUAUCUACUUCAAAAUUCCUUAACAGGUAAUUCAAAGACGCUUAUGUUUGUCAACAUUUCGUCUGCCUCUAACCACGUGAAUGAAACUCUGAACUCUUUAAGGUUCGCUUCAAAGGUUAAUAGUACAAAAAUGCAGAAAAGUACUUAA